CAGGUUGUAUUAGUUACUAGACUCGAGUUGGACUGACGGACCACGUGUUUAUGUUUGAUUAAAUCUGGUCGACACUGUCAUUUAUUAAUUAAAUUCAUUAUUAAUAUUAAUUGAUAUUCAGGGGGAAUAUUAAGAAGAAAAACAACUGACCGCUUUAUGUUCGUUUGAUUUAACGAUUUUUACGAUGGAUGACAUUUACAACGAAGCGAAUGUAUCCAAGUGGUACGAAGAGUUUAGAAAUGAAGAAUUUGAUGAUCUUAAACUGAUUGUUGAAAAUGAUGAACUAAUUUCCUUGAGGAUUGAGGCUCAGAACGUUUUAGAAAAUGAGAGUAAAAUUUAUCAUUCCAGGCAGGGAAAAGGUGGAAACAACCGGAAUGUGUCUUGGGUAAAAAAAAUAAUGUCAAAAGGUACGGCAAAGGAUAAAGUUGCAGCUUACGUACUGACUAUUCAAAAUUCACCGAUUCAUAAUAUUAAUCAUAUAUCGUCAUUGAUAAAUAUGGUAAAAGUUUCAAAGAAAAAAGAAUGUAUUUUAAUAAUGGAAACACUUGCGGAUCUUUUCUUAGAAGACUUGCUCAUACCGAACAAAAAAUUAAAAAGUUUUGAUAAGCAACCUCUAUCAAAACUAAAUGAGCUAACAUCAGGUUGUGCCCAGGCUAGAAAAAAGAGGUUAUUGGCAUGGAUCUUUGAGGAAAAGCUGAAAGAGCUCUUUGACCAAUUUGUCUGCGCUAUAGAUACAAUUGCAAAAGACACUAUUGAAGCCAACAGGAUUAAAGCAGUGUCAAUAUUAUUUAAACUGCUUUCCUGCCACCCAGAAAAAGAACAAAUCUUACUUCAAAAUCUAAUUAACAAGUUAGGCGACCCAAGUCAGAAAGUUGUUGCCAAAGUAAUAUACUGUCUAACAAUGUUACUUAGAGUUCACCCAAACAUGAAGCAAGUUGUGUUAAAUGAAGUGGAAAAACUUUUAUUCAGGCCAAAUGUAAAUUUUAGGACACAAUAUUAUUGCAUAUGUUUCCUUUCUCAGUUUAUUUUCAAUGAUAAUGAUGCUAACAUUGCUAGAAAUGUAAUAAACAUUUAUUUUUCUUUUUUCAAGGCUUCAAUAAAGAAGGGUGAAGUUGAUUCUCGGUUGAUGGGUGCACUUCUCAUGGGUGUGAAAAGGGCUUAUCCUUUUGCAGAUAUAAAAGAUGGGAGUAUGUCACAACAUAUAGAUACAUUGUACAAACUUGUACAUUUGACAACGUUUAACAUUUCGGUUCAUGCUCUUUGCCUACUUCAGCAGAUUUCUGAUUCAAACAAUGAUAGGUUUUAUGGAGCCCUGUAUAGAAAAAUACUCGACCCAAAACUCAGUGCCUCGUGCCAUCAUGCAGUAUUCAUCAAUCUUCUCUAUAAAGCAUUAAGUGUCGAUCAAAAUACCAGCCGCAUUAUAGCUUUUAUUAAAAGACUUUUCCAGAUAUGUUUUUAUGUACCUGUACCACUUACUUGUGGCAUAUUAUACUUGAUAUCUCAGCUAAUGUCGGCAGGAGGAAAAGAAUUGUACGCUUCAGUUUUACAACAAAAAGAUGACUGUUUGGAUAACUUCAGUAGUGAUGAAGAGGAGAAAUAUAUUGAUAUUGAGGAACAGCAGGAAAAAGACAAAGACUUUUCAAAUUUUCACAAAAAUGAGAAAAAGACAUCUGCUGGAUGGGCUUAUUCUGAGUUUAAUAUAAGAAAAGGGAUUCGAACAUCAGGAAGUUACAAUCCUCUCGCUAGAAAUCCUGCUUUUGCAAGUGCUGACAAAUCGAUAUAUUUUGAGUUGACUCAAUUGUCCCAACACUUUCACCCUACAGUAGCACUUUUUGCCUCAAAACUUCUUAAAAGAGAGCCGAUAGUUUACGAUGGUGAUCCUUUAGCAGAUUUUACAAUAAACAGAUUUUUAGAAAGGUUUGUGUUCAAAAACCCAAAGAACACCAGAUCUGUAGACGGAAUGACUAAAGGGCCAGAUCCUCAGUUGGCUCCUAGGAAAUAUUACAUCCCUCCUGGUGUAAAGGCAUUGCAUGUAACGAGUGAUCGUUACUUGGACCAAUCCGAAUGCCAAAUUCCUGUUGAUGAACUAUUUGUUUACAAAUAUUUGAAAGUAAAGCAUGAAAAACGAAGUGCAAACAAAUCCAACAGUGAUGAUGAUGACGACUUAGAGAGUGUGGCCAGUGAAGAAUUUGAAGAAAUGAUAGAUAAUAUGACUAGGACAAAAAAAGAAAAAAUGGAUUUUUUUAAUGAUAUUGGACAAAAUCUGAUUAAAAAAACAAAAGGAAAAACGGAAUUGCUUUCAGAAGAUGAAAUGGAAGAUGAUGAGUAUAGUGAUUUAUCAGAUGACAAGGAAGUUAUGGAGUUCAGUAGUGAUUCAGAUUUUGAUAAUGAUAGAACCUUUAAUCAAACAAAGAAUGAAAAAAGUCAUUCUGUCAAAAAAGGCGACCGUAAGAAGAAAAUGGAGAAUAAUUUUAAUAACUUGUUUGCUCCUGCUGAGGAAUUUUCUGAAAUACUAGAAGAAGCAGGAUCUGCUGUUCAUAAGCACGGAAUGAUAAACUCAGUCGAAAAUAAAGACAAUGCUGCACCUAAACAACUGGACUGGGAGAAAAAGAGAGAAAACUGGAGAAAAAAUAGAAGCAAAAAAACAAAGAGGAAGAUUCAAAACAGUUCUAAAUUUGCUAAAAGACAAAAAAAGUAAAUCUUGUGUAAGUGUUGUACAUUGAUUUAUUAUUUGUCUUCCCCUUCCAUAUUUUAUUCCUUUAGUCCUUCCAUCACUGAGGAGGGCGAUUUCUCCGGAAGUCCAGUCUAUCCUUGUACCCUUGAGUCGGAGUACUUUACAGCUCGGCCAUCCUGUGAGUAGCGUAGAAAUCUUGAGAUGCGGUCAGGUGUGAUGUAGGUUUCAGAAAAACAUUUCUUUAUCGUGCCAACGUUUCGAU